CUAUGGAUAAAAUACAAAACCGAUGAAGGCAAGUAGAGAAACUCAGGACGAAUAGCUAGCAUAUUUACUCACGUCAGUUACCAAGGUGGAAGUAGAGCGCCAACAUGGCCGCCGAGGAAUCCAUCGGUGAAGAUGCAGCAGAAGUGUCGCGCAUCAAGAAAGACUUGGACGAGCUCAACGACGCGGAGCUGGAGACCAUCCUCACCCCCGAGGAGAAGCGUUACAUGCUUUAUGUUGAGCGUGGUGACGUGGCUUCUGUUAAACACAUCCUGAAGAAGGGCCACAAGGAGAACCAACGCAAAGAGAAGAGCUUCAACAUGAACUGCGUUGACCCUCUCGGCCGCACGGCUCUCGUCAUCGCCGUGGAGAACGAGAACCUCGACAUGAUCAACACUCUCCUGGCAGAGAAAAUCGAGCCCACGGACUCUCUGCUGCACGCCAUCGCAGAGGAGUACGUGGAGGGCGUGGAGGUGUUGUUGCAGCACGAGGAGUCCAUCCACAAGCCUGAUGAACUUUACUCAUGGCAGAAGACGGCUGGCGUGAAGGCGGCCUUCACGUCCGACAUCACGCCUCUAAUCCUGGCCGCGCACAAGGAUAAUUACGAGAUCCUGCGCCUGCUCCUAGAUCGCGGGGCCGCCUUACCCACGCCCCACGAUGUCAAGUGUGCCUGUGACGAAUGUCUUGUGUCUACGACUCGCUCAUGUGAUGUGUGUUGCGAGAGCCUAAUGUCCAGCGCCGACGACUCGCUCAGGCAUUCUCUGUCCCGCAUCAACGCCUACCGCGCCCUCAGCUCGCCAUCGCUCAUUUGCCUGUCGAGUAAAGAUCCUCUGGCGACUUCCUUUGCGCUGUCCGAGGAACUCAACAAACUCGCCUACAUGGAGAAUGAAUUCUCCCAGGAGUACCUGAGUCUGGACGAACAGGUGCAGACAUUCGCGACGGCGCUGGUGGACAACACGCGCACGUCGCUCGAGCUGGAGCUCGUGCUUAACUACGACCCUGAGGGCGACGCCUACGAGCAGGGCCAGCACAUGCACCUCACGUGCCUCAGGGAGGCAGUGGCUAGGAACCAGAAGAUGUUCGUGGCACACGCCAACGUUCAGCAGCUGCUGGCGUCUGUCUGGUACGACGGGCUGCCCAACUUCAAACGACGUAGCAACUUUCGGCAGAUGGUCGACGUCUUGCAGGUGGCGUCGAUGUUCCCACUCUACUGCUUCUGCUUUCUGUUCCUACCAAAUUCUAAGCAUGGCAAGGCAAUGAAACAACCCAUCAUCAAGUUCAUCGUGCACUCCUCUUCUUAUUGUUUCUUCUUGCUUCUGCUGGUGGUUGUCUCCCUGCAAGUCGAGGCUCUGGUCAUCGAGAUGUUGGGAACUCCUGGCAUGAUCGAGCGUCUGAAGCGUCAACAAAAAGAAGCCAGAGGAGCCUUACCGUCCUACGUUGAGUUGCUGCUCUUCGUCUACAUCGUUGGGUUCAUUUGGGCCGAAAUAAAGUCCUUGUGGCAGGCAGGAAUCGUGGACUACCUCAAGGAUCUCUGGAAUAUUAUUGAUUACAUCACCAACUUCUUCUUCGUAAAUUGGAUCCUUUUGAGAAUGACAGCCUGGCUGCUGACCCAGAAAGAGCUAGCCGUUGGUUUGAACCCUUACUACCCGAGGGAGCUGUGGCAUCCCUUCGACCCUCUACUUCUAUCAGAGGGCAUGUUUGGGGCGGCUAAUGUCUUCAGUUUUCUGAAACUCGUGCACACGUUCAGCGUUAACCCCCACCUUGGACCGUUGCAAAUAUCACUGGGUCGCAUGGUUUUCGACAUCAUCAAAUUUUUCUUCAUCUACACGCUCGUCCUUUUUGCUUACGGAUGCGGACUCAAUAACCUGCUGUGGUACUACGCUGAUCUUGAUAAGCAGAGAUGCUACUCACUGCCAGGGGGUCUUAUGAACCCCGACAGUGACAUGUCUUGCUCGGUGUGGCGCAGGUUUUCCAAUUUAUUUGAGACGUCUCAGUCACUCUUCUGGGCAUCGUUUGGACUCGUUGACCUCUACAACUUUGAGUUGACGGGCACCAAAUCCUUCACGAGGUUCUGGUCGCUCCUGAUGUUCGGCUCCUACAGUGCCAUCAACAUCAUCGUCCUGCUUAACCUCCUCAUCGCCAUGAUGUCCAACUCCUACUCGAGUAUAACUGAACGCUCCGACACGGAGUGGAAGUUCGCGCGCUCGAAGCUGUGGAUGGAAUACUUCGAGGACGGCGACGAGCUGCCGUCUCCGUUCUGCCUGAUCCCUCGCCUGGGCCACCUCUCUUGUAAGGUCCACCCACACACCCACAGCAGGAGCUUCAAGCGCCGUCAGGAUGAAGAUAAAGAUUCCCAGUACCAGCGUACGAUGCGCAACCUCGUCAGACGCUACGUGACGACCGAGCAACGCAAAGUCGAGGAAUCCGAAAUAACGGAGGACGACGUCAACGAAAUCAAGCAAGACAUCAACAGCUUCAAGUACGAGCUACUCAACAUCCUUAAAAUCAACGGCAUGCAAACCGGCACUGCGCACCACAAGGACGAUACGGCCGUCGGUCGUAAGCAGCAGGCGCGGGAGCGGCGGCUGCUGAAGGGCUUCAACAUCGGCCUCGUGGAGGGUCUGGACGGCGGUCUAAGUGUGGCCAAAAAGGCAGAGGAAGACCCCAUCCAGCGACUGGCCAUUAUCUUCCUGAAGGCACUUCACAAAGACACUCCUAUUGACUGGAACGCCGCAGUGGGUCGCCAGCCUCGCGACCACAUCGGCAGCAGCUCUGCUCAUCUACGGCGCCUUAGCCUCAGGGUGAACAGGAGGCGGCACACUCCGUGGAGCAGGGUCCAGUUCUACCAGCGACGCGGUGUCUUCUUCGGGGGAGAGAUCAAUCCGUCAGUUUUGUGUGAAGCGAAAACCAGGAUGAAGCCCGAGUUGCGCAGUCAAGCUAUAGGCUGGAGGAAGCUGCAGCGUCUAGCUGACCUCGGAAAAGUGACCCAAGGCUUUUAUGAUCGUCAAACUAACGCCCUAGAGGCCAGUCGGUCGCCAGAAGAGUCGAACAUCAUUCUUGAAGGAAAUGAUAAAACGAUGUCGUCUGCACAUGAAACGAGUAAGCCUCCGCUUUCUUCCCAUCCUGACAAAGAAAGUGCAACAGGAGGUCAAACUAACGCAGCGUUCGAGCCUGAUGAUGGAUGUGCCGAGAAGUUCGUAACCGAAAAUCAGACUCAAUCUGUCCUUCAUGUAGAAAAAAGCACUCCAUCUCGGGAUAGAGUUGCGCGAGGGAACAAGUCACACCCACGAAGCAGUGAAGCAAAGUCUGCGAAGAAAAUUCACUCAAACGUCGAUGGCGUUGAAAUGGAACCCGAUCAAGACCCAUUGGUGAUUGGCUUAAUUGAACGUAAAUCGGUAAAGAGUGAGAAGAAAGCUAAAGAAAAAGGUAUUGAUGCCACCGAAAAGAAGAUCGAAGAUAAACAGAAAGUCGAGUCUGAUGCUAAACCUUCAGCCUGCAAACCUGGGUCUUCCUUGAAGGCCGGCUGGAUCUAAAGGAGAUACGUUACCGACGUUCCGAACCUCAUAUAUAUAAAUAUUUUAUUUUCAGUUAAUACUAUGAUCUUCCGUACCGAAACGGUCAUGUCAUACUGUUGAUAUUGAAUGAUUCAAAUCUUCGAAUAUUUCUGCGUACUUAAACUAUUGCGUUGUCUUUGGACGAGUUCUGUGACCUGCUGCUGUACCCUGAUCAUCUUGGACGCUGAGCCGAUGAAAAUAGGAUGCAUUGCGAUAGUUUCGUCAGCGUCACCUGUCAGUAGAACCGCCAUGAGUAAUUGAGGAGAUAAACGGUCCUCGUUGUCGUUGUUACAAAAAAGUAGAAUUAACAAAGCAACGAUGGUAAAAAUGCAGAGAUCUCUGGCUUCGAGGAGCAUAUUUUGUCCGUGUAGUCCAAGUACAGUGUACACUAUCUUAUCCCGAAAUGUGAGCCCGCUAAAAGGGUAACCAUCUGCUUACCUUCUAGGUCUAUUGACUAAGAAUCAUAUUGUAUCCAUUAGACCUUUUGUAACAAAUAGCUUAUGAAAUCUGUUCAGAAUAUAAAUUAAUCGUCAGUUUUUUAAUCGUUGAAGUCCAACUUGAAAGUCAAUUCCAACUUGGAAACGUUCAAUUCAAAAAUAAAGCGGAAGUUGGCAUGAUGAUUGAGUCUCAUCAAAUCGGACAAACACAUUUCAUCGCCAUUAAAAUUUCUAUUUAUCCGUUUCAUUUAAUUUUACGCAAAAAUAUAUGUACAAACUUGGAAACUACUAAUUUUAGUAAUUAUGUCAAGGUUCCAGUUAGACUUCCCCAAAAGGUUACUCAUCAGGAGUUAUAUAUUAUCCGGUACCUAAUGUUUAAAAACUGUUCGUCUGAUUUUCACUGGAUUAAACAUUAUUUUUUGGUGCGAGGCAACAUUGUGAGCAGGUGGAUUUUCCUAAUUUUGAUGAACUGAUUUCAAAGUAUUCAAUAGUUUGUUCUGUAGUCUGCAUGUCUCUUAAAUGGUUUCUCUUUAGUGUGAACAGGGAAUAAUUCCGCAUAUUCAUGGUCAUACAGCAGCUUAUAACAGGUAAAACAUGAGAGAGAACCUGAUGAAAUGAAUUUACUUAGACGACAUCUUUACGUAACUAAUGGUAACACAGACAGGCAGAGAGAAAAGACUGGUGCAUUUGUCUCCUGGAUGCCAGCCACUUGAGAGAAUCCAGCGGAUGUCUUCGGUCAAACUGACGUUUCAUUUGCCAUGAUAAUAUCUCUCCAUUUUCGUAAAGAUGUGUGGAUUUAUUUUCCAUGCUUGUCACUCACAACCUCGAGGUUUAUGGAAAAGGAAUUGAGGUGGGAACGAUAAAUGAA